AGAGGCUGAGCGAUGCCAUUAGAAAGUUUCUGCAGCUGGAAGAGUUUCAGUGGACUAUAUCCUCAGCAACACCUCCGCGCGUUCUUGGAGUGCACACACUGCUGUUCCUUACGCGAAACCUCAUAGCUAAUCAAUCCAGCAGGAGGGGAGGGGGGAGGAUUUAUCUUCUUCUUCUUCUUCCUUUAUUUGUCUUCCUUUUUGUUGUUUUGAACAAUUCCGGAGCGCCUCCUUCACCAUGAGCGCCGGACAGAGCUACGAGAAGAAGAUCGCGAGUAUUCUGACGGAUCUCCCCGGAUCUAUGGGCUGCCACCCGAGCUCCAAGGACUCCCCGACUCUCCCAGAGUCCUCGGUGACGGACAUGGGCUACUACAGCGGACAGACGGCCCACGGCCACCACGAGUACUACCAGAGCCAGCCGUACGGACAGCCCAUGAACUCUUACCACCAUCAGUUCAAUUUGAACGGGAUGGGAGCGGCGGGAGCGUACGCGACCAAAUCCGAGUAUCCCUACACGAACAGCUACAGACAGUACGGACAUUACAACAGAGAUCACCUGCAGGCCUCACCGCCCGGCUCAGUCAAAGAAGAACCAGAGCCGGAGGUCCGCAUGGUGAACGGAAAGCCGAAAAAGAUCCGCAAGCCGAGGACGAUCUACUCCAGCUACCAGCUGGCCGCCCUGCAGAGGCGCUUCCAGAAGGCGCAGUACCUCGCCCUGCCCGAGAGAGCGGAGCUGGCGGCCCAGCUCGGCCUCACUCAGACUCAGGUCAAGAUCUGGUUCCAGAACCGGAGAUCCAAGUUCAAGAAGCUGUACAAAAACGGCGAGGUUCCCCUGGAGCACAGUCCCAACGCCAGCGACUCCAUGGCCUGUAACUCCCCGCCCUCCCCCGCCGUCUGGGACGGCAGCAGCACCCCUCAGAACACGCCGAUCAGCCGGCCUCAGGUGCCGCAGCCGGCGCACAGCUCGUCGCCGCCCUACCUGGAGGACUAUACCAACCACUGGUACCAGCAGGGAUCGCACCUACAGCAUCCGGGCACCGUGCACCACCCGGUGCCGCAGCAGAGCGUGGGAGCCGUUUACUAACUCGGACUCGGGGCGCCAGACCCACGUCGUGUUUUACGAGUUCUCCCCACAGUGACUCUGCAGAGCGAACUCUAAUGGAGCCAGAGGAGGCCGGAAACCAAAUCCUGCUUUCUGUCUCUGGAUGUCCGCAGAGAGUUUUCAGAGCUGGACUUCCAGAUUUUUAUUUUUUAAAGCACAUAAGGGAUUUCUAAUCACUUCUGGCAGCAUAUUUAAGGGACAUCUGGCGUAUUUUAUUUUUUAAAUUAUUUAUCACCUCUACCGUAUAAUCCUUUUGUAAAUGAUAUGCAAAGUGUCUUCCCCCCCCUCGCCCCCAAAACAAAUAGCCUAAACACAAACUAAAUCACAAAACUGCUGCAGCCAAUCGUGCAUGUGGGUUUGUGGAGAACUUUACAAAUAGAGAAAAAAAAAUAGAACUCAGGACAUAUUUAUAAGGAUUUGUAUAAAAAAUGCUGAAGGUUGUAAAUAAAUGUUUUUUAUAUAAAUAUAUAUGCAGAACCACUAUGAUCAUAUUUGAACAAGAAAGAGCACUGUGGUGCUGUUAGACCGUUUUUAUAUUCAUGUAAUGAGUCCAACUGUUGCCUUCCUGUCUGAUGAAUAAAGGUGUUAAAUGCUC